AUGGCAAAUGGAAGGCAUCGAGCGGCAGCAGUUGAUGGAGUAUUACAAUAUUCGCCAAAAAUCCGACCGAAAGCAUUUCGCACGCGGGAAAGCGUUUUCGUCGGCGCCUUAUCGCGAUCUCUUUGCUACGUACAUCGCGCUCAGCGAGAAGCACCAAAAGGCCGGUCUGUUCAAGCGCGAAUAGUGGUAAUUGAAACCGGCCUGGAUAGUUCAUCCCAUUACAUGCAUUUUAUCAAUUCAAUAUUCACCGCACAGAAAAUGAUACGAAAUGUAAAGACUGAUGCCUGCAUACUUGGCGAUGAUUCGAUACUUUUGCAACAAGCUGUGGAUCUGACCGGUGGAAUUUAUUUCAAAGUGGAACAUCCCGGCGGCUUGGUGCAGCUUCUCAUUAGUUUAUUCGUCAUUGAUGCCAGCGAACGGAGUAAGAUGAUGAUUCCCGAGAAAGUCCAAGUGGAUUAUCGUGCAGCGUGUUUCUGUCACCAGAAGCUUAUUGAAGUUGGUUGGGUGUGUUCCGCUUGUCUUUCCGUUUUCUGUGCCUUCAGUCCGAGGUGCUCGACGUGUCAGACGACGUUCAAGUUCAUAGCUGGUUUGAAAAAGCGGAAACCAUUUGACUCUCCCUCGUCGUCGGUUCCUUCGCCGUCCCCUUCGUCAUUAGCACGCGUUCGGACGCGGACAUGAAUGGACGAUCUUAAUAUGUUAUUUCCCUUAAUUUUUGUAACUUAUGAUGUUUUUUGUAUCUGCCGACGAAUUCGAUGUUAAUAAUUUUUUGUGAUAGUUAUUAUUUUAGCUCCGUAGUAUGAACGAAAGAUGCUAUAAACAGGAAAAGUUCA